CUUAUGGUGUUUUGUUGACAUUUGUUUGUGAAAGGCAAAAAAAAAACAGUAAGCACGCGUACGGGAUCGCUAAUAUUUCCUGGGAACCAAGUAACAGAUAAGCUGAAGUACUAGCAAUAGUUACAAAAACUAGCUGGAUGGAUUAAAUGAAAUCGUUUAAAGACUUCUCCUUUGACCGAGUCUGAGAGCAGAUCAGGAUCAGCAUAGCCACAGAGCAGGUCGGGAACAAAACAAACCGUGUCACCCUGACUACUCAGGGGCUGAUCGUCUACAAGCUAAACCCGGCGGCUCCCACACUCUCGGUUUCAUCUGUUAGCUUUUCUAAACGCUGCUAACCUUCAAUACUAAAACAACAAAGCGAAAUCACGUUAAAUCAUUACGUCACAACGUCAAAUCAUUGUGAUUUUGGGUUAUACAAGCAGUAUCGGUCAGACUAGCUAGUUAGCUAUCUAAUGUUAGCCUUUCUUACCCUUUUUUGAGCUGCUUGGGAUGCUUAUUAGCUACAUAAUGUAGCCGUGAUUUGCGCCCCCAGUUCGUUUGGUGUAGUGUUUACUAAAAACAGUUGGGUGACUGAAGAAUGAAGCACAAUGGCUAACUUUGAAGCCUAUCAGGAGUAUCAGAGGAUUGAGGAUUACGAGGAAGACUCUCCACCAGGGGAAGAGGACUUACUGGUGCAUGUGCCUGAAAGUUUGAAAGAUUCAUGGCACCAUAUCAAGAACUUGGAUAACUUCUUUACAAGAAUCUACCACUUCCAUCAAAAGAAUGGCUUUGCCUGUAUGAUGUUGUCAGAAUGUUUUGAACUCAUUCAGUUUCUCUUCGUUGUCACAUUCACUACAUUCCUGGUCAACUGUGUGGAGUAUGACAUCCUUUUUGCCAAUCGAGCAGUGAACCACACCGGGCAAGGCCAGAACCCUUUUGAGAGAAACAAAGUGACUCUUCCAGAUGCCAUCUUACCGAGCCAGCAGUGCACACAGAGGAUACAAGAGGACAGUUGGAUCAUUUUUCUUCUUAUCAUGGCCGCCACCUUCUGGAUCUAUCGUCUUGUUAAAGUCUUUUGCAACGUUAUGAGCUACUGGGAGAUCAGACAGUUCUACAUCAAAGCACUGAAGAUUAAGAUGGAUGAACUAUGCAACUUUACAUGGCAGGAAGUCCAAGAUCGGCUCAUCAAUUUGCAGAGGGAACAGCAGAUGUGCAUUCACAAGAAAGAGCUGACAGAGCUUGACAUCUAUCACCGCAUCCUGCGUUUUAAGAACUACAUGGUGGCAAUGAUAAACAAAUCGUUGCUGCCAGUGCAUCUGCAGCUCCCCCUGCUGGGCAAUGUGGUCUUCUUAACCCAAGGCCUCAAGUACAAUUUUGAGCUUAUCCUGUUUUGGGGCCCCGGGUCUCUGUUUCAGAACAAAUGGAACCUGCACCCCAAGUACAAACGCAGUGGAAAUCGCCUUGAGCUAGCCCAGAACCUCAGCAGAGUGAUCCUUUUGAUAGGAGUAGCCAAUCUGCUGCUGUGUCCUUUCAUCUUGGUGUGGCAGGUGCUGUAUGCAUUCUUCAGUUACACUGAAGUGAUCCGCAGGGAACCCGGAAGCCUGGGCGCACGUCGCUGGUCCCUUUAUGGCCGUUUAUACCUGCGGCACUUCAAUGAGCUGAACCAUGAGUUGCAUGGACGAUUGGGUCGUGGCUACAAGCCCACUUCCAAAUACAUGAACUCCUUCACAUCACCGCUGCUGACUGUGCUCGCUAAGAACGUUGCUUUUUUCUCAGGGUCGGUGCUGGCUGUUCUCAUUGCACUGACCGUCUAUGAUGAGGACGUUCUCACAGUGCAGCACAUCCUGACCGCUAUUACUGUGCUUGGUGUGGUUAUCACCAUAACCAGGUCUUUCAUCCCAGACGAACAUAUGGUUUGGUGUCCGGAGCAGCUUCUGCAGUGCGUGCUGGCUCAUAUCCACUACAUGCCAGACCACUGGAGAGGGAACGCAAACAAGAGCGAGACCCGUGACGAGGUGGCACAGCUGUUCCAAUACAAAGCGGUGUUCAUUUUGGAGGAGCUUUUAAGCCCUAUUGUUACUCCUUUCAUCCUUAUUUUCCUCUUGAGAAACAAAUCCCUGGAAAUCAUUGACUUCUUCAGGAACUUCACUGUUGAAGUGGUCGGAGUUGGGGAUAUCUGCUCCUUUGCUCAGAUGGAUAUCAGGCGCCAUGGAAACCCAACCUGGAUGUCAGAGGGCCAGACAGAGGCGUCCGUAUAUCAGCAGGCUGAAAAUGGCAAAACGGAGUUGUCCCUCAUGCAUUUCACCAUAAAGAACCCCCAUUGGCAGCCGCCUCAGGAGAGCUCCUUGUUUAUCAGCCACUUAAAGGAGAAGGUGCAACAUGAUGCACAGGGGGGGCCUUCAACACAGCUGCUGCUCUCAGAGGCCCCUCUGUGCACCUCGCUUCAAUCCAACGAGUCUGGCACUGGGCCUGAAAAUCUUUUAGCCAGUGUUCUGGCCCACCCCAUCCUUACUGCAUCUGGAUUACAAGGACGAGACCAUCGCUUCAUCCCACCAAGCUCUGCUGCUUCGGCUGCAGCCAGUGUCCUGGCCUCUCUGUCCUCCUCCCAUCACGCACAUCCAGGUCGCAGCCGCCCCCAUGGCCUUCUGCCCUCCUCCGUCUACCCUGAGACCACCAUGUACCACAGCGAUCGCACCAUCAUCAACAGCAUGUCUCACAGUGACUCUCACAUCCGGAGCAAUGCGCUGCACUCAGAGUUCGCCUCAGCAGAGAUGAGCCUCCAUGCCAUUUACAUGCAUGAGCUCCAUCAGCAGAGCUCCCAUCCACAGAGGACUUCAGGACAGUGGCAGACUUCAGUGCCAAUGAGAGACCUUCACAGCAACACAGCUUUCCAUUCACAUGGUUGCCAUAGUUCCAACAUUUCCAUGCCAGCCCCUGCCCACCUUGGUGGCUGGAAAGAGGAGGAGGAAGAAGAAGAUCAGGAGAUCAACAGUGGAUCGACUCCAACAAAGGUCACGCCCCACAGUUCAUGAAGUGCCUUUGUCAUAAGUGUUUACAUUUUUCUUUCAUCGCUGAACAUUGUGGCCUUAUAUGAUCUUUGUGGAAGGUUUAAAAACAUAAUUUACUGUGGGAGGGGUCUUCAGACGAAUAACCACUGUUUUUCUCACCUCUACGCCUCAUCAUGUCAUAUCAGGGAGUCUAUGGCAUCAGGGAUUCCAUACGUCUUCCAUCAUUUUUAUCAUGGUUUGAUCAUUAACUUGUACAGAACUCUUUCAAAAGUGUAUAGCAUAGCCUGCGUGAGAUGUAAGCAGUUUUUUAUGGUGACAUUUAAAAAAAGCUCUUCCCAACUUCUGCUUUUAUUCUAUGCACACGGUUUCUCAAAUACAUGUGCAUUAAAAAUAGUUUUUAACGUAUGACCAUCUAUACUACUAGAUGACCAUCUGACAUCUGAUCAUUACAAAGCUGACUAUGAUUAUGAAGAAAGGCUGACUAUGAUUCUCUUUAAUAAUAGAAUAUAAAACAUCUUCUGACUUUAUAUAAACAUGCUCUAAUGUUGUUCUUUUGAGUUUUUGGGCCCUAAAUGCAAAUUUUGCUCAGUAUUACUAGUUCAGGUGUUCAAAUAAUAAUUUUAGUCUUUAAAAUAAAAAAAGUAUUCAGUAUUCUUGCCACUGAAAUCCUAGUUCAGACUGAAAAUACCUGUUAGGUCAAUUACUGCUAAACACAUAUUAGCUGUAUUGCUUAAUUAUGUGUUUAAAAAAAAAAGUAUUUCAAUACCUGUUCUCUGUAUUACCUCAUUGGCAGUAAAGAUGAAAUUCUGCCGCAGUCAGUACCUCUGAAGUGUAAAUAUUUUUACACAACAUAAAUCAUCUUUCAACUGCAUUCAGAUUUAAAUUUUUAGCGCAUUUAAAUCCAAACUGUUUGAUUUUCUUUCAAUAUUUGCAAAGCAGAAAAGAUGAGCUUUCAUAAAUAUUCAAGAAUUGGGAUCUUUUCUCCUGCAUAUCAUAUUAAUAUUUUACAUUUGAACAAUAUCAGUUAUCCCAGCAUCAAUGUGGAAUAUUUUCAGAGAGGCUGAUUAUGAAUCUUAACUAAGGGCCUGAUCCUCAAAGAUUCUAAAUAAGAGUCGCUAGAAUGCAUGCGCAACUUAUUUUGUUUUUUUGUACGUGCAAAAAGUUGGCCUGCUGUGGAUGAUCUACAAAGAUUGCAGCACAAAUGUAAGACAUACAAAUCAGUUUGGUUGCGCCAUUUAAAAUCAGCAGACUCCGGGAACCAGUGGCUGUUUGAGAGCGGAUGUAAAGGAAAGAUGAGGUUCUAAGACAUGGAGACGGAGGUUAUAAUGAUAAUUAUAAAAAAAAAAAAAUGAUAAGAUUGAAUAAUAUUUAUAGCGCACCUCCCAUAGGAAGCCUAUCCAAAAAUGCUAUGAACAAAAGUGAAAAAAUAAAAUGAUAUUAAAUAAAAACCUUGUCUGCUGGUUGACACAGUUAUAUAUUUUAUGAAACUGAGGGGGGGAAAAGAAAGCUCUGUUACAACAAGUAAAAGAUUAAAACUUUCACCUCCCUCUACCCAUGUCUCUUUGAAGUCUCUUUUUAUUUUAUUUUUAUUUUAUUUUUCAUUUUUUUAUGAAUAUGUCACGAUUCCUUCUGGUUAAUUGUAAGAAGAUUGUCUGCCUCUGCAUUAAUAUGUGCCGGCCUGUGUAGACAGCUUUUCUUUAAUAAUCUUAUACUAUGUGUAUUAUUUAUGAUGGUCUAAAGAUGUUAUUCACAGAAUCUGGCUUUGUAAGAAUCCCUCUUUUGUGGCCAAAAUGACUGCAGAUAUUUUUACCUCCUAUAGUUUGUAACUGAGGUUUUAUAUUACUAAAAAAAGAUGCAAAAACUGCAACCGCAGUUGACUUUUCAGUUUGGAAAAUUGCAUUGCAUUUGGUAAAUACUUACAUUGGCCUAUCCCAUAGAAUAUCAUCUGCAUAUGAAUGAAAGCACACUUGCAAAAAAAAAAAAAAAGGUUUCUCCUUUGAAGAUCUGCUCUGCACAUACAAACAAGUUGGCACCUUUAUUAAAACACCCUCUGAAGAUCAGGCCCAAUUGUGUUAAAGUUCCUCUUAAACUUGAUUGUUUAAAAGUAAAAGAUUUAUCUCUAGAGUCUACAUCUUUUAUUAGCUUUAAGAAUAUUUAUUAUUUUUCCUUCCCCAAAUAUUUAAAUGAUGAAAGCGUACAUGUAUAAUUAGAAAAUAAAAAAUUUUUGGACAAAAAAUGUUCAAAAAACUUGAAUCCCCAUAAUGGAGAACAUUGUUUGGAUUAUAUUACUCUCUUUAACCAACACAGCGACCUGCAUGAUGUCACAUCAAUGAUGGUUUCCAAUAAAAAAUUAGCAUGUGACGUAUAUUCAUCCCCCACGCACGGAAAAUACUCUGCCUCAAUCACAUUAGGUCACUAGUAAUAUCCACCUGCAUGUGUUUUACAUUCAAAGUGAAUUUGAAUUUUGAAGACACUGGAGCUGAGCUGUUUCUAUAGAGGUAAUACAACCUCAAUUUAUUGUUAGCCAUUUAUAUCAUAAGCAGUGCCUUAGUGAUCCAGAUUAGUAUUUGCUUUUUUAGAGACUCAUUGGAUCUAAACAGUCCGUUCUACUUUUAUAGACUUAGCAGCACAUAGGAUGUACUGUAUGCACAGCAAGCUCAUAUGUGGAUAUAGUCUGAAGUAAGUGUGGAUUCUGCUCGUACGAAUAGCCCUUGUGUCAUUCAGUUUCUAUCUAGCAGCAUGCUGCUUAUUUAAUGGUGUUUGGGUUUAAUAACCUACAAAUGCAGAAGUUUGAUCAUUUUUUAAUGGGCAAACCUCAUACCAUCCUUUCUUAUCCACUACACACCAGUCCAAAUAUUGCAGAGACUGGAACAAGGUGCUAAGGUUUUAUCCAGUUGGUGAAUUUUUGUGUUUUUCUUUUUGUUUUGUUUUUUGCUUGUUUCUUACAAAGGUUGGUUUUAUUCUGUAAAUUUGGCAUUCUCGAACAAAGGAAACAUGCCAAAAAGAACUUGUUUUCUGCACAGCUUUAUUAUUCAUGUUUUCUUGUGAUAGAGACUAAUAAAUCUUAUUUUGAGUGUAUUUAAUCAUUUGAUGUGUGUGUGUGUGUGUGUGUGAUGUUGAAAUGUGUUCUUGAAAUAAAGGAAAGCUUUCAAUUUU